GCUCGCAAGCGGCCGCUCAUUGGCUCACCAUAGCUCAUUUGCAUUGACGUCAUUCGAGGCUGUAGGUCAAUGCGUGCGCGUGCUUUUAUUGGAUCCGCCGCUGUCACAUUCGCGCCGCGCGUUAUUCCUCGUCUGGAAACUCGCGACGCGCAAACGUCUCGUUUUCUGUCACCCGGCGGCCGUCCGUCUGUUUUCUUCGUCCACCCGCCCGCGUCAAACAGAGGCAGAAUCGUAGGCCUUUGAUUGACAGCUGCUCUUUGGCGAGCUCCGCGUUGACGCGCCGCUCCGGAGUUCCAUCUAACGGCCCGUUUGAUGUCAUAGAUGCAGGAUCGCGCGUUCCGCGGCGCGUCAGGGCCAGAUUGCAGCCUGUUGAUGGGGAGCGGAAUCAACGCGCCGGUUCGCUCCCAAUGAGUGACGCUGAGGCCGCGCGGAGCGAUCGCGUGUGUUUCGCGCCUGUCGAAGGAGAAUAAACGCGCGAAUGGACGAAACCGUUGCGUGAACCGAACUGGAGCCAGAAUCCGCCAGAAAAGAGGCGAAGUUCGCGCGGGGACUGACCGCGAGGAUGAGGAGUAACGGUCGCCAGUGAAGCGCAGAGGCGGCGGCGGGAGCACCAUGAGCCGAGCUUCUGUUUGAUCCAGAGACUCUAUAGAUCCGAUCGAUCUGAUCGUCUGGAUGAUCUGACAGAGAAACAUUCCUAUUAGCGCAGAACGAGCGGAGCCUCGCGUCGCGUCGCGUCGCUUCGCGGCUGAAUGAUGGGCUGCGCCUCCAGCAUCCACAUCUCCGAUCGGGUGGUUUAUCAGAGCGGGAAAGAGUCCGAGGACUCGCCGCAGCAGAACUGCCCUCAGCCGGGCCACACCAAGCCCAGCAACGCCUGUCAGAGCAUGUUAACGGAGGUGCAGUUUGGACCAAUGAAGCUCUAUGAAGAUCAGCUGCAGGUGCUGUUAGUGUUUGCCAAAGAUGAUGCUCAGAGUAACAGCUUCUGCUGGGCAUGUGAACGUGCUGGUUUCAGGUGUAAUGUGGCCCGAACACCAGAAGCGGCGCUGGAGAGUUUCCAGGAGAAGAACCACGAUCUGAUCAUCAUCGAUCACAGACAUUCCAGAUACUUCGACGCUGAAGCGCUCUGUCGCUCAAUUCGAAGCAUCAGCUGCUCUCACAACACUGUGAUUGUGGCUGUAGUGAAAAGGCCGGAUCGUGAAGAAGCCACUGUGAUGCCACUGAUAUCAGCAGGAUUUAACAGGCGAUAUGUGGAGAACUCAAACAUGAUGUCCUGUUAUAACGAACUCCUCCAGCUCCAUCACGGAGAAAUACGAGCUCAGAUCAAACUCAGAGCCUGUAAUGCUGUUUUUACUGCACUGGAACAGAGUCAGGAAGCCAUUGAGAUCAGCAGUGAAGAUCAGAUCAUACAGUACGUCAAUCCAGCGUACGAGUGCAUCAUGGGAUACCAGCGCGGAGAACUGCUGAAGGAAAACACUGAAGUGCCUAAGAGUGAAAAAAACAAACCAGACCUUCUGGAAAACAUCAGCUCCUGCAUCCGCAGAGGGAAAGAGUGGCAGGGGGUAUAUUAUGCCAAAAAGAAGAACGGAGACAGUGUGCAGCAGAAUGUGAAGAUGACGCCUGUGGUUGGACAGGGAGGUAAAAUCAGGCACUGUGUGUCUGUUACCAGGCCUUUAAAUGACCAUAACAAGACAGAAAAGUGCUGUGAGCGAGUCCAGGCCGAAUCACAGACAGAUAUUCAGCAGUCCAGCAAACACAAGGACCGCAGGAAAGGAUCGCUGGACGUUCGCUCGACGACCUCUAGAGGAAGUGAUGCAGGAAGCUCUCAGAGGAGACACUCGUCUAUGGCCAGAAUCCACUCCAUGACUAUUGAAGCUCCCAUCACUAAGGUGAUAAACAUCAUCAAUGCGGCUCAGGAGAGCAGUCCGAUGCCGGUGGCCGAAGCGCUGGACCGUGUGCUGGAGAUCCUGCGGACGACAGAGUUAUACUCUCCUCAGCUCGGUACUAAAGAGGAAGACCCUCACACCAAUGACCUGGUGGGCGGACUGAUGACUGACGGACUGCGCAGGUCAUCAGGAAACGAGUACAUCUUAGCCACAAAACAGCUGCACCACAUCCCAGGUCACCUGACCACACCACUGUCCCUCAACGAUAUCCCACCAUGCAUUGCUCAGACGAUGGAAAAUGAAGAAUCGUGGGACUUUGAUAUUUUCAACCUGGAGUCAGCUACCGUAAAGAGGCCUCUAUCGUAUCUGGGUCUGAAGAUCUUCUCUCGGUUCGGUGUCUGUGAGUUCCUGAGCUGUCCCGAGACGACGCUGCGCUCCUGGCUGCAGAUCAUCGAGACUAAUUAUCACUCCAGCAACUCCUACCACAACUCCACACACGCCGCAGACGUGCUGCACGCCACCGCAUACUUCCUGUGCAAGGAGCGCGUCAAGCAAAGUCUGGACCCCAUAGACGAGGUGGCGGCUCUGAUCGCGGCGACCGUGCAUGAUGUCGAUCAUCCUGGGCGGACAAACUCCUUCCUGUGUAACGCAGGAAGUGAACUGGCCAUUCUGUACAACGACACGGCCGUGCUGGAGAGUCACCACGCCGCGCUGGCCUUCCAGAUCACCACACGAGACGACAAGUGCAACAUCUUCAAGAACAUGGAGAGGAACGAGUACCGCACGCUCCGACAGGCCGUCAUAGACAUGGUCCUCGCCACUGAGAUGACCAAACACUUCGAACACGUCAACAAGUUUGUCAACAGCAUCAACAAACCACUGGCAGCACUGGAGGAGAACGGGGGGAAUGGUGAUGAGGACUCGGUGCAGAACAUCCUGACGGCUCCAGAGAACCGGAUCCUGGUGAAGCGGAUGUUGAUCAAAUGUGCUGAUAUCUCCAACCCCUGCAGACCCCUGGAGCUGUGCAUCGAGUGGGCCGGACGCAUCUCAGAGGAGUACUUCGCACAGACGGAUGAAGAGAAGCAGCAGGGUCUGCCGGUGGUGAUGCCCGUGUUUGAUCGAAACACCUGCAGCAUUCCCAAAUCCCAGAUCUCCUUCAUCGACUACUUCAUCACAGACAUGUUCGACGCCUGGGACGCGUUUGCAGAUCUGCCCAAUCUAAUGCAGCAUCUGGACAACAACUUCAAAUACUGGAAGAGUCUGGAUGAGAAGAAGCUGCACAGUCUGCGUCCGCCGCCGGAGUGACACACACACACACGCCUGUGAGAGGAUGAGCGGAGCUAACGAUUGAGCGACAGACUGAAGAAACACUAGCGAUCGGCUCGACUGAGACAAACACACAUCUGUGGAGCUCUAUUUAUUUUGGUCCAGCUGUUCCUUGUUUUUUUAUUAUAAUUAAUAACUAAUGAUGAGAAUCAUGUUAGCUAAUAUUACCCUUAGAGUGAGAGAUGAUCUAAACGCCAAAGGAUGAUGUUGUAUUUAGAAACUGCAGACUCCGAAGGAAGCGUCUGGUGAGCAUCUCCAGUGUUUCCUCCAGAGCUUCUCUGUGGUCAUCUACUGACGAGACUGCUGCCUUAUUUUAUACGCUCUAUUUAUACGGCUGCGACGGACUUCUGCGGUUUUUAACACGCUCACGUUAUAUGAAGUAAAUCUCAAUAUUUUUAUAGAUGAUCAAUUUUACACUGGAACGAUGUAAAGCAUCUCAGACUCCUCGGAGAGGGAUGAUCCUUCAUUCUUCAUGUUGUUCUUGACAUCUGUUUGUCUGCGAGUACCGGCGGAUUCUGUGUCCAUCAGGGUCAGUUUAUUGGGUCCCUUCUGUGUUUCUGGGGUCAGACGGACGCUGUGUGUUUGUGAGUGAUCUGCUCCAUCUACAGCUGAAUAGAAGCGUCCCACCAGCACUUCUCAUUGACCACAGCCCGGCCGCGCUUCACUCCCAAAUAACAAGAAAAAUGAGAUUUAUAUUUUGUAUUUAGGACCAUUUAGAUUUUUUUGCAUUCAUGAUGAAUUACCUCUUCUUCAGAUUCCUCUUUAAAUUCUCAUCUGUAAUUUCAAAAGCAUUUAUUUAAAUUGUAAAGUAUUUCUACAUCAUUG